AUUCCCAUUAACCUCUAAACGAUAAUCUCUUUUAUUUUAGUCCAAGAGAUAAUGUCUACAAAUAUGGUGUAAUGUACCUUUUGAAAUUAAGUGGAAAUUCAUUACAUUUCAGAGAUGUAUUGAACUGAAAUCCAUACAGUUGUGUAUUGGCUUAGGCAAUGAAUGAGAUAAAUGUCUAGUUGCCAAACUAUUAACUAUGAAAUUGAGAAUACCUUGAUAAUGUGCUCCCUAAGGCUUCUAAAAUUGGAACAUGGUAUGUAACCUUUCAAAAACUUUAAUGCGUCUAAUUUGUUGAAUCAGUGUUUCAUUAUGACCUCCUUAGGCUCACUGUAGUAGAAAUUGGCAUUUGUGGCUUUUGGCAUGUAGAAAACUUUCGUGCUUCUUGCAUUCAAUUACAGUGGAAAAUACUUAUGAAUUCUUGGAAAUGAUAAACACAGAAUUAAGCAUUCAGUUUCAUCCCUCUCCAACAGCUCCACUUCUCUGAUUGCAACAAGCUUAUCUAACAGUGAGACCCAUGAAAAUGCAUUUCAUAGAGAGCUGACCUUAUUUUUGUGGUCUCCUACUGUCAGAAAGGGAACUUAACAUAUUAAAAAGCAAAAUUCCUGCACCUGCAAGCUUCUCAUUGAAAAAGUGUCAACCGAUGUUUGAAAAACUGAGAGUUAAUGCACUUUUAUACCAGGUGUGCUCCAAAAGCAUUGCCUCUUGUUCUGUUAUGUUGGCCCAUGACGUCAGAAGCGGAUGGUCGUAUGGCAAUAAUGGUUGAACCUUCCCGACAGGAUUCUGUUACAUUUUGUUGCCGUGCGACAGAUGAAACAUCAAUGAGCAUAAGUUAAAUCUGCACCUUGGGAACUUUAGCAAUACUGCACACAGCAGAUAAAAUAACGUAACUAUUGCCUUGAGCGCAUUGUGGGGCAAUUGCUACCUUUUGACAAGCAAAUACUUGAAUGUAUGAAGCAAUCCCACAGGGAAUAUGGAGCCAUUGAUGAUGUAGAUAUUGAUCUGCAUAUUGAUGUUAGCUUUCUUGAUGAAGAGAUUGCUGUUGCUUGGGAUGUAAUUCGCACUGAGCCCAUUGUGGUGCGAUUGCACUGUUCACUUACACAGUACUUAAGUGGUCCAGUGCCAACUGUGGAUGUAUUUCAGAUCUCUACUAAAGAAAGAUUUGGUCUGGGACAUCAGCUGAAAAAAAUAAUGCAGACAUUUGUAACACAGCAGUGGAAGAAUAGCAAAGAGAAAUCUAAUUGUACGCACAAUAAGAAGGUGUCUGACAAAAAGGUGAAAUCCCCUCUGCACAUCUUUUCUACAUUGCGCAGGUCGCCAAGUUAUCCUCCACCUGGCUGUGGUAAAAAUAAAUCAAAACUGAAGUCAGAACAAGAUGGCAUCUCCAAAACUCACAAGCUACUGAGAAGGACUUGCUCCAGCACAGUUAAGGCAGAGGAUGUGUGUGCCACAAAAUCUCACAGAACCUUUGGCCGCUCAUUGUCUAGUGACCCCAGAGCUGAACAGACAAUGGCUAUUAAAUCGCACAAACUCUUGAACCGUUCUUGCUCUGCAGCCGUCAAGCAGGAGGAGUGCAUUACUUUAAAGCCCCACAAGUUAUUAAGUAGGUCAUGUUCUGGGGAUCCUCGAUGUGAGCACAACAGCACCUUGAAGCCCCACAAACUUUUAAGCAGGUCUUACUCUAGUAAUCUUAGAAUGGAAGAAUUGGAUGGAUUGAAGAAUCACAAAUUACUCAGCAAGACCUACUCCAAUGCCCCUAAAUCAUCCAAAAUGGAGCCUUUCAAGGAGUCCAAUAUAGCAGAGGGCAGGCGGCUCUCUCUUACCUCAGGGCUAAUUGGUAUCUUAACACCAUCUUCAUCAUCACCUUCACAAGCUGCUCAAAACUAUGGUGCAAAAUGCAUUCCGGUACGAGACCGUGGCUUUCUUGUGCAGACUAUUGAAUUUGCUGAGCAGCGGAUACCAGUAUUGAAUGAAUACUGUGUAGUUUGUGAUGAACCGCAUGUGUUCCAGAAUGGCCCUAUGCUGAGGCCCACUGUUUGUGAACGGGAGCUCUGUGUAUUUGCUUUCCAAACACUAGGAGUAAUGAAUGAAGCUGCUGAUGAAAUUGCAACUGGGGCUCAGGUAGUUGAUCUAUUAGUAUCAAUGUGUCGGUCUGCAUUAGAGUCACCUAGGAAAGUUGUUAUUUUUGAGCCAUAUCCUUCUGUAGUUGAUCCUAAUGAUCCUCAGAUGCUGGCCUUUAACCCCAGGAAGAAGAAUUAUGACCGAGUCAUGAAAGCAUUGGAUAGUAUAACUUCUAUUAGAGAAAUGACACAGGCACCUUACUUGGAAAUAAAGAAGCAGAUGGAUAAACAAGACCCACUUGCACAUCCUCUUCUACAGUGGGUUAUUUCUAGUAACAGAUCACAUAUUGUGAAGCUACCAGUGAAUAGGCAACUAAAGUUUAUGCACACUCCCCACCAGUUCCUGCUUCUCAGCAGUCCACCAGCCAAAGAAUCCAAUUUCCGAGCUGCUAAAAACCUUUAUGGAAGUACCUUUGCAUUUCAUGGUUCACACAUUGAAAAUUGGCAUUCCAUCCUGAGAAACGGCUUAGUUGUUGCUUCCAAUACGAGGCUGCAGCUCCAUGGUGCAAUGUUUGGAAGCGGCAUCUACCUUAGUCCAUUGUCAAGCAUAUCAUUUGGUUACUCAGGGAUGAACAAGAAGCAGCAGAAGGUGUCAGCUAAAGAUGAACCAGCUUCAAGCAGUAAGGGCAGCAACACAUCACAGUCACAGAAGAAAGGACAACAGUCACAAUUUUUGCAAAGCCGUAACUUAAAAUGCAUAGCCUUAUGUGAAGUGAUAACCUCAUCCGAUCUGCACAAACAUGGAGAGAUUUGGGUAGUUCCCAACACAGAUCAUGUGUGUACAAGGUUUUUCUUUGUUUACGAAGAUGGUCAAGUGGGUGAUACAAGUAUAAAUACACAGGAACCGAGCAUUCAUAAAGAGAUUCUUCGAGUCAUUGGCAAUCAAACUGCUACUGGUUAAAAGGACCACUCUUAUUUAAUUGAUGUGGUUUGGAAGCCUUCCUCAGUCUCAAAGCUGGAUUUUGAACUGAAGAAGAUGCAAAAAAACCCUAAUUUAUUAUUAUUAUUCUAAGCAAAUUAACCCUUUGAAUACUUACUGUUUUCUUACUUAGUGUUUCUUAUCUCAUCAAAAUACCUGAGAUGGUAUGAAUUAACAACUGUUGGGGUGCAAAGUCGAUUAACAUACUACAACUAACAAUAAUUAAACAGGAAUUUGGGUUGCUCACAAUAAACAGACUUUAAAAAAAGGAGUUUUGUGCUGAUAUUUUUAUAUUAAAUUAUUCAGUUGGAGGUUUUAGUACUGUACACUGGAAUUUUAAAUUUAGAAUGACUGAAUUAUGUGCAAGUGAGAAGAUUUUAUAGCGGAGCACUUGUAUUAUGCAGGAUACUUUGCAAUAAGUAAAAUAUUCUCAUAUUUAAACACAAUGAAGAGUUGUCUGGUACAUGUCAAAUCAAAGAGAUUGGUUACCUGCAGCUAUCUUCAAUUCAUUUCAUUUUACACAGGUGCAGGCAGGAUUUAGAAUCAGAUGUUAAAACAGUGCAGUUUUGGCAUAAUGUGUGAAACAAAGAAAACUAAUGACUCUGAGGAUGUAUGUUGAAACACCAUAUCCACUCAGCAGCUCAAUUAAAAUUUUUAAUUAAGCAAGCUUAGCAAACAUCUAGAAAUCCAGAAGCUGUUAACUUUCUUCUUACAAAUUUGUUUUUUAUAUACUAGAUUUGGUAAGUUUUUUCAAAUCGGUAGGGUCCGUUAGCUUUUCCAUCUUGACUUCUGUGAGAUUACUCUGUGGUUAAAUUUGGCCAGAUAGGUAAAAGUACCUGCUAAAUUAGAGCUUUAACACAAUUGAGUUAAUUGUUACUUCUACAUCAGGAAACAUAAACACAAAAUAUACUGGUAUCAACAGUGAUAGUGAAAGUCUUUUUAUUAAUUUAUUCCUAAGGAAAAACAAACCAGUUCACAUCUUUGGUGUUUGAACUAGCAGCUACUUUUUCCAAGUAAGCACAAUGGCAACUUAGGUCGGGGCCUAGUUUCCAAAGCCUAAAGCAUAUCCUGUGCACUGGGCAGCCCUCACAGCAGCCAUCCUGCAGCAUCUCACCUUAAAUAUGGAAAGCAAUUCAACUUGCCUGUCUGUGCCCUGAGAAAGGGCGCAUCGAAAAGUAAAAAUAGCCUAAAUGCUCUACUCUAUUAAGUUAUCUUUGUUAAAUAGCAGUAGCAGAGGACCAGCUAGUGUUUUUCUUUUAAAUAGAAGUGCAUUAAGCAGAUUAUGUUCACAUUUACUCCUUUAUUCUUUAUUUACUCCUCCCUUAUUCCUUGCUGCAAUUGAAAUGCCCUGCAUGUAAAAUGGUAUUGUUGUAUUUACCUGGAGAUGUUGUUUUUUUGUGUGUGUGUUUCAGACUUGCAGUGAACCUCAGUUUUUCGGGGAUCACGUCCAGACUUGUCAACCAAAUUCUUUUUUCGAAGCCCCAUUUUGCUCUUCAGUUUUUGCUAUUUGACAUUCACCCUUAUUUGGCAGACCCCUCAUUUGAGAACCAGUACCUUAAUUGUUAUUUUUUAUAUUGAGACACUGGUUAACUUUUUGAAACAAAGAAAAUUCCUGAAAUAUUUCAGUCUACAUAAAGACUGCAUUAGUUUGGGUAGCUGCACAAAAUCAGCAUAGUUCAGAAGUGGAGCUGAAAACCUGGAGUGCCCAUCCCUCCAUAGUUUGUCCUGCAGUAUGUCCAAAUCACUCUCUUUUUGCAGAACACAGAAAGACACUAGAAAGUCCUCAAAGAUGUCCUGCAUUGACUUGUUUAGCUUAUAGUUUGCCAGUACGAGAGGCCUCUUCAAAAUAUAGGAAAGAACAAAAUGUAACCAUAUAUAAACUGGUGAAGCCAAAUAAGCAGGCAUAUUUUCUUAGGUCCCUGAAGCUGCAGCAGAGUCACAAGUGAACCCAUUUAGAAGAAGCUGAGAGGUGUAGCUUUAGAAACCAAAGAGUGUAGUGAAUUAGUCUUGCUUUGCACAGUGAUGUCAAGUUGCUUGCCAUUUUUUUUCCCUCAUAAGUACUGUCAUUGAAAAGGGGAGAAAAAACAUAUAUCUGCUGAAUUUUAAGACUGCUCAAAAUAUUGUUGUAUAUGGAAGAAAGGGGAAGUGUGAAGGAAAGCAGAGCUCAGAGGUGUAUGAGAAGACCUUGCUGUUGUAGAGUGGCAACAAUACUUCAAGGAGCUUUGAGAGCAGUGGCUGAAGUCUUGGAACAACAAAAGAUGAUCAAGAAUAAGACAUAAUAUGAGCACAGGCAUUACAAUUCACUAACAUGUACCAUUAGCAGCUCAAAUCCCCCCAUUUGCGUGGUGGGGAAAAGGGAUGGGGCUAACAAAGCAGCAGUAUUAUGCCUGGGGGAUCUGGGCCAAUUAGAAAGUUGGCAAGGGCACUGGGACACUCCAAAGACUCAAGCCCAGUAUUGCAAGCAAAGCAAUGGAAUUAAACGACAGUUCACUUGCUAGACAGUAACUUAGUCAAUUUUUUAAUUAGCCAAAAUGGGAAACCUCUUGGUUACUUCAUUUACUGGUGAAAAUAAGUCUUCAUAUUG